CGAAACCGUCUGGGCAGACAGACCAACCUGGAGCUCUACCCUCUCUUCUUCUUCUUCUUCUUCUUCUUCUUCUUCUUCUUCUUCUCCUCCUCUUCCGACUCCUUCCUUCAUCCUGACUCCUCAAACCUUCUCAUAAGAAGGGCCCUUUCACUCAUUCCUUUGACGCCGUCAGAUUGUCUUUUGCGCAACUGAACAGUCUCUUCUGUUGGACCAUUCCCAGACGACGCUGCUCCAUUGCGAACGUCAGAGCUUCAAGAGUCUACCUACCUACCUACCUUACCUGACCUAGCACGAGGAAAAUCCACUCCGCCCACAAUCUGUGAAUCUGCGAAACAAGCAGGUUGUCGGCUCUGUCUGUGAAUUGGGAUUGACGCUCCUUCCUCUUCGUCAAAUCUGAAGCCUAGGGUCUGGACGCCGAUCGCGCCACCAGCUUCAUCCUCCUACUUCAACACCUCCACCUUCUCCUCACAUCACCGAAAUCCUAGAGCUGUAGCGCUUCCACAGCACAAUGGCGGAAACAAACAGAGACAUCCGGAACCAUUAUCUCUUUGAGAUAGCCACAGAGGUCGCCAACCGAGUGGGUGGUAUUUAUUCUGUCAUUAAAUCGAAGGCACCUGUCACAACCGCAGAAUAUGGCGACAGAUACACCCUUAUUGGGCCUCUUAACAGGCAAUCGGCCGCUGUCGAAGUGGAAGCAUUGACUCCAACGAACCCCCAACUGGCCGCAACAAUCGAGGCUAUGGAAUCAAGAGGAAUUGGCAUUGUCUAUGGUCGCUGGUUGAUUGAAGGAGCUCCUAGAGUCAUUCUGAUCGAUACAAAAACUGCAUACAGAUUCCUGGACGAGUGGAAGGCAGAUCUCUGGAACACUGCAGGAAUCCCAUCCCCACCAGGUGAUGACGAGACCAAUGAGGCAGUAGUCUUUGGUUACCUUGUCGCGUGGUUCUUGGGAGAGUUUGUUGCUCACGAAAAGACCAAGGCAGUCAUUGCGCAUUUCCACGAGUGGUUGUCAGGUGUUGCUCUUCCCCUCUGCAAAAAGCGUCGAAUCGAUGUCACAACAAUCUUCACUACCCACGCAACACUUCUCGGUCGAUACCUUUGCGCAGGUUCAGUCGAUUUCUACAACAAUCUACAAUACUUUGAUGUCGAUGCGGAGGCUGGCAAGCGUGGUAUAUAUCAUCGUUACUGUAUCGAGCGCGCGGCUACACAUGCUUGCGAUGUCUUCACCACUGUUUCUCACAUCACUGCCUACGAAUCCGAGCAUCUCCUGAAGCGCAAACCGGACGGUGUCCUUCCCAAUGGUCUCAAUGUUACCAAGUUCUCGGCCAUGCACGAAUUCCAGAAUUUACAUCAACAGGCAAAGGAGAAGAUUCACGAUUUCGUUCGUGGGCAUUUCUACGGACACAACGAUUUCGACCCAGAAAACACUCUCUACUUCUUCACCGCUGGUCGUUACGAGUACAGAAAUAAAGGUGUCGACAUGUUCAUAGAGUCGUUGGCUCGAUUGAAUCACAGACUGAAAUCCUCCGGAUCGAAAAUGACCGUUGUUGCGUUCAUCAUCAUGCCCGCCCAGACACAAUCACUGACAGUGGAGGCCUUGAAAGGACAAGCAGUUAUCAAGUCGUUGCGAGACACGGUUGACGUUAUUGAGCGUGGUGUUGGAAAGAAGAUUUUCGAGCGUGCUCUCAAGUGGCAUGAUGGAGACCCAAUGCCAGAUGACAAGGACUUAGUCACCAGCCAGGACCGCAUCUUGCUCCGCAGAAGGUUAUUCGCUAUGAAGAGACAUGGCCUCCCACCUAUUGUCACCCACAACAUGGCAAACGAUGCAGAAGAUCCAAUUCUCAACCAGAUCCGCCGAGUUCAACUUUUCAACCACCCAUCCGAUCGUGUCAAGAUUGUCUUCCACCCCGAGUUUUUGAACUCUGCCAACCCAGUAUUGCCAAUGGAUUACGACGAGUUCGUCAGAGGUACACAUCUUGGUGUUUUCUCUUCCUACUACGAGCCAUGGGGAUAUACACCAGCAGAAUGUACUGUGAUGGGUGUUCCAAGUAUCACGACGAAUCUCUCGGGUUUUGGAUGUUACAUGGAGGAGUUGAUUGAGAACUCGACCGAUUACGGAAUUUAUAUCGUCGAUCGCCGUAUGAAGGGUGUGGAUGAUUCAGUCAACCAGCUCACUUCGUACAUGUUUGACUUUGCCGGAAAGUCCCGCCGUCAACGUAUCAAUCAGAGGAAUCGUACCGAGCGACUCAGCGACCUCUUGGACUGGAAGAGAAUGGGUAUGGAAUACGUAAAGGCGAGACAAUUGGCCCUGCGAAGAGCCUACCCAGCAUCAUUCAGCAGCGAAGAAGAAGACGACUUCAUCCCAGGUAUUGAGCAGAAGAUCUCGAGACCAUUCAGCGUACCUGGUUCGCCAAGAGACCGCAGUGGAAUGAUGACUCCUGGUGACUUUGCAAGUCUGCAAGAAGGAAGAGAAGGCUUGAGUACGGAGGACUAUGUAGCGUGGAAGCUUCCGUAAGUUUGGUCAUGCUUGAUGUGCGAACACUGCUAACAAUUAUCUAGUGAGGAGGAAGAUCCCGAUGAGUACCCAUUCCCGCUCACCCUGAGAGCAAAGCGAUCGACGGGUCCAACGAGUCCUGCUGAGCCAGUUAUCGCGAACGGCAAUUCGUAGCCCUGGUGACAUUUUUGGAGGAGAAAAGAGUUGAGGGCUAUGAGAGAUUUGAUACAACGAUGGGGGAAAGGAAACGGACCCUAGAAUGGAACGAAUGUGGAUAGGUUGUGGUGGGAUGGAAGGACAAAAAACUAAUCAUGUACUAAGAUGUCUCCUUUUUUCUGACAGAGAGAGCUUUGUCUCCUUUUCGUUUUCUCUUCACCCGUCAUUCAUGGCAUCGCGCUGGGUCUCUUUUUCCUUUUACUGCAUACAUAUCUGAUUACCAUCUGCUUCGUGCCGCUUUUCGUGCUUUGUGCCUGUUGCCUGCCUGCUGUCUGUCUGGCACUUUGAAGUUACCCCACUUAUUUCCACAUGCGCUCUUUGUUGAUUGAUCUGUACUUUGGACUUGAGCUGCGAGUUUACUACCCUUGGUUGUUCGCUAUGCUGCGCUUUACUGUGCUGUCCUGCCGUGCCGUGCUGUGCUGUGCUAAGGGGACGGAUAGGUGACGUGUUUAGGAUUGGUGGGGGAAAUUCGAGAACAUUGUUGGUUGGUCUGCAGAUAUCCUAUAUCCUAUAUCCUAAGUUACUGUAUCAAGUAAGCAAAACCAAGUAAAUACCAAAUGCAAUGCAAUGCAAUGCAAUGCAAAUAUUUUCGUGUGUUUGUAAUAUUUAAAAUAAAGAAAGGAUUCCGUGUGUUUGGGCUAGAGAUGGAGAUGGAGAUGGUAUUGUGAGGGUUGCGAGGUUUGUGAGGGGUUGGGGAAUAGGGUGUGUUUUGUGAGGGAGAGUUGGUAUGUAGGAUGUAAUGUAUCAGCAGUGAUAUUUGGAUAGGUAGGUAACUUAUGUACGAAUGUCCUUACGCACGCCAUCGACAUUUUGUAACGGGUGGGUGACGACGUGUUAUAAGUUAAAUGAGAGGGUUUAAGUGCUGUGUUAGGAAUGGGGGAAUUGGGAAUUGGGAAUUGGGAAUUGGGAAUUGGGAAUUGGGAAUUGGGAAUUGGGAAUUGGGAAUUGGG